UCUUUUGUUUGUCUCCUUGGCAUGCACCUAUUCAGACUGUUAAUAUUAUGUGUUUAUUUUUAACUUUAGCAGUUAUAUUUUAACUUGAUUGGUUUAUUCUCAGAUUUAAGUAUGAGAAAUGACAGAAAGAAACAGCAACUGGAAAAGAAGGAUUGCAUGAGACCAGGAUGUCUCUGAAAUGGACGUCAGUCUUUCUGCUGUUACAGCUCAGUUGUUAUUUUAGCUCUGGAAGUUGUGGAAAGGUACUGGUGUGGCCCACAGAAUACAGCCAUUGGAUAAAUAUGAAGACAAUCCUGGAAGAGCUUGCUCGGAGAGGUCAUGAAGUGACUGUGUUGACAUCCUCGGCUUCUACUUUUGUCAAUGACAGUAAAUCAUCUGCUAUUACAUUUGAAGUUUAUCCUACAUCUUUAACUAAACAUGAUAUGGAAGAUACUCUUAUGAAACUGCUCAAUAUUUGGAUAUAUAGUAUUCCAAACAGUACACUUUUUUCAUAUUUUUCAAAAGUACAAGAAUUGUGUUGGGAAUAUUAUUACUAUAGUGAAAAGCUCUGUAAAGAUGCAGUUUUGAACAAGAAACUUAUGACAAAACUACAAGAGUCAAAGUUUGAUGUCAUUCUGGCAGAUGCCCUUAAUCCUUGUGGGGAGCUACUGGCUGAGCUGUUUAACAUACCCUUUCUGUACAGCCUCCGCUUCACUGUUGGCUACACAUUUGAGAAGAAUGGUGGAGGAUUUCUGUUCCCCCCUUCCUAUGUACCUGUUGUUAUGUCAGAAUUAAGUGAUCAAAUGACUUUUACAGAGAGGAUAAAAAAUAUGAUACAUAAGCUUUAUUUUGACUUUUGGUUUCAAAUACAUGAUAUAAAGAAGUGGGACCAGUUUUACAGUGAAGUUCUAGGAAGACCCACUACAUUAUUUGAGACAAUGCGGAAAGCUGAAAUGUGGCUCAUUCGAACCUAUUGGGAUUUUGAAUUUCCUCGACCAUUCUUACCAAAUGUUGAUUUUGUUGGAGGACUUCACUGUAAACCAGCCAAACCCCUGCCUAAGGAAAUGGAAGAGUUUGUCCAGAGCUCUGGAGAAAAUGGUAUUGUGGUGUUUUCUCUGGGGUCGAUGAUCAGUAACAUGUCAGAAGAAAGUGCCAACAUGAUUGCCUCAGCCCUUGCCCAGAUCCCACAAAAGGUUCUAUGGAAAUUUGAUGGCAAGAAGCCAAAUACUUUAGGCUCCAAUACUCGACUGUACAAGUGGUUACCCCAGAAUGACCUUCUUGGUCAUCCCAAAACCAAAGCUUUUAUAACUCAUGGUGGAACCAAUGGCAUCUAUGAGGCGAUCUACCAUGGGAUCCCUAUGGUGGGCAUUCCCUUGUUUGCAGAUCAACCUGAUAACAUUCUUCACAUGAAAGUCAAGGGAGCAGCCCUCAGUGUGGAUAUCAGGACCAUGUCAAGUAGAGAUUUGCUCAAUGCAUUGAAGUCAGUCAUUAAUGAGCCUAUCUAUAAAGAGAAUGCCAUGAAAUUAUCAAGAAUUCAUCAUGAUCAACCAAUGAAGCCCCUGGAUCGAGCAGUCUUCUGGAUUGAGUUUGUUAUGCGCCACAAAGGAGCCAAGCACCUUCGGGUCGCAGCCCACGACCUGACCUGGAUCCAGUACCACUCUUUGGAUGUGAUAGCAUUCCUGCUGGCCUGCGUGGCAACUGUGAUAUUUAUCAUCACAAAGUGUUGCCUGUUUUGCUUCCAAAAGCUUGCCAAAACAGGAAAGAAGAAGAAAUGGGAUUAGUUAUAUCAAAAGCCUGAAGUGGAAUGACUGAAAGAUGGGACUCCUCCUUUAUUCCGGCAUGGAGGGUUUUAAAUGGAGGAUUUCCUUUUUCUUGUGACAAAACAUCUUUUCACAACUUAUUCCGUUAAGUCAAAAUUUAUUUUCCAGGGAUUUAAUAUGUACUUUAGUUGGAAUUAUUCUCUGUCAAUGAUUUCUAAACUAUGAAAAAUAACAAUAAUAUAAAACCUUAUGGUCUUAUAUUGAAAUUUGUUAUUCUAAUCCAAAAGUUACACACAAAAGUCACUGAGCUUCAUUAUGUUUCACACAUUGUAUUUGAACAUAACAACAUUAAGAACUCUACUCAUAGUAUCAACAUUGUUUUGCAAAUACUCAGAACAUUUUGGCUUCAUUUUGAGCAGAAUUUUUGUUUUUACUGUUGCCAAUGAAAUCUUCAAGAAUUAAA